GGUUUCACCGCCCUCUCAUGGUAUGGCAACAGUACCGCAAAGAUAACGACAAUUGUCGCAAAAAAAAAGAAAAAAAAAAAUCAACGAAGAAGAAACCGCAGCAGUAGCAGGAAAAGGCGGCGAAGAAGUGCAACGACGAUAAUGCUAAACUGAAAAUAGAAAAGACUGGUUCCGUUAGGCGCACGUUAAAUCAACGCGUUUACCUCGAAAUAUCACAUUUGAACAUUGGACCAUUAAUUAAUUGAGCUAUGACAGAGCCUCAGUCGGCGCUCUUACUCAGGAGACAGCUUGCAGAGCUGAACAAAAACCCGGUGGAGGGAUUUUCUGCUGGCCUGAUUGAGGACAGCGAUCUUUACAGAUGGGAGGUUCUUAUUAUUGGGCCUCCAGACACACUGUAUGAAGGUGGUGUGUUUAAAGCUCAUCUGACAUUUCCCAAAGAUUACCCCCUCAGGCCACCAAAAAUGAAGUUUAUCACAGACAUUUGGCACCCUAAUGUUGACAAGAAUGGAGACGUAUGUAUUUCUAUUUUGCAUGAACCGGGAGAGGAUAAGUAUGGCUAUGAGAAACCAGAGGAGAGAUGGCUGCCCAUCCACACAGUGGAAACCAUCAUGAUUAGUGUUAUCUCUAUGCUGGCAGACCCAAACGGGGACUCGCCAGCUAAUGUGGACGCUGCAAAAGAGUGGAGGGAAGACAGACACGGUGCAUUCAAAAGGAAAGUUGCCCGUUGUGUACGAAAAAGCCAAGAAACUGCAUUUGAGUGAUCUUUAGCAAGGAUUUAGUUCAUGUUUUCAGGGUCUCCUAUUGAAAUCACAAUGGCACUGUUUCCUGCACUCUUCUAUCGUGUCGCCAGGCUUGUCUUUUUUGGAGGGAACAGACUGGCUACUGCAGGCUGCAACAUUAUCCUUCAGUGACUAGCAAGGCUGACAGAAAAUCACCAAGCAAGUGCCAACUUUAAAAAAAAAAAUUUAAAUAAACAAAUGCCCAGAGGAUGUUAACAUAUUCUUCGAGUCUAUGAACCGCUUCUACUUUCAGGAAGAUAUUGUAAAGACAUGUAUAUAGCCAACCUAAGCCGGAUAAUAUAUACCCUCCCUUCCAUUCAUCAAGACAUUUAGACCAAAUAUAUAGUACUGGUUGGGAUAGAUUUAUUUUUGUGUUUCUCUUCUUUCAACUCCAGCAUGUAUUAGCUGUCUUUAGUUUGUUUCCAUUGGAGGUUUUAAAGAGAAUAAAUCACGAUGCUGUUGGAGGAAAAACCACCAGUGAAGAUCUCAUCUUGUUCAUUGAAGACGCGAGCGACAUCCCUGAGGAACACCACCAUAUUCGGCUCUCGCGGGUUCUCCCUCUGUCUAACACACUCCCAGUACUUACAUUUUAUACACGAACCAGUAUGGUUUCCUGAUCACCAAGUCUUUCCAUCCUGUUAAGUUGACUCAAGAAGAAGAAGAAGGAGAUGCCCAUGGACGAUAUGUGCAUGCCAAAUUUAGCUUGUUUUUAAAAGUGCCUCCUAAUAAAAAUGCUUGGCCAGUUCCCCCCCAAAUUAAACAAGUAUUUAAAAUUGUUUGCUUUGAAAAACAUGCAAAAUUAUCAACCAUAAUAGUAUGAAUUUCUACAUUAAUGAUGACACAGAAAACGUCAUUUGGGUAUUGGUAACAAUGUUGCAGUAGCAAUAACCCACUUAGGAAAAAUUGUAUGUGGUAAUAUUUGAUAUCCUGCUACGAUUGGAGUCUAGGUUUUCCUUUAUUUUUAGUAGCUCCGUUUUUCCUUGUCUGUUCAUUAUAGGAAGUGUUAUGCAUGCGGUUUUUUUAACCUAAUUUGUUUUAUUUGAUCACAUUUUGCAAUUGUUUUUUUGUGUGCGCGUGCGUUCUUAUUUUUUUUUUUUUAACAUUCUCUAUUUUCAUUUCUGAUCCCAUGAUUCUGCCCCCCCCCCCCUGCUAAUGCAGUGUUUGCCUAAUGUACAAAGAGAAAAUACAGUGUAUAUUUUUGUGUCAUGAAAGCUGUCGUCUGUAGUGUACUCUUCUAAAACAUGACGUUUUUUUUAAAUCAAA